AUGUCGAUAGAUUCCCCCCUGACGAGGCUGCGUCUCAAAGACAAGUGGCUCAUGUUCGGCUCGGUCUUGCUGCUCGGAACUGUGACAGUCUACCUUGGGAUGAUCGGUACUGAGGCUUGGAACGAUAACGCAAGCCUGAAAACUUACAGUGUCAGCAACAUCUGGAGGAAAUCCAUUUCUGACAACUGGUAUAAGGGACGGGCCAAUCUGCACGCGUUUGAGGACUGGUGCGGCAAAUCUAUAGCUGAGCUCCGCAAGAACCCGCACUACCCGCUGUAUCCUCACUCCAGAAGUACAGUACUGAAGCUGGCCGUCAUUCCUAAGUGGACUAACUAUGGACUCAGGAUAUUUGGCUAUCUGCAUCCAUAUACUGACGGAGAGUUUGUUUUUGCUUUGAGCUCUCAAGACAACUCUGAGUUGUGGCUAAGCACAGACGACUCCCCCCUCAAUUUGGAGUUACUGGGAUGGGUUGGAAAGACUGGCACAGAGUGGACCGCCCCUGGCGAGUUUGAGAAAUAUGUUAGUCAGAUAUCCAGACCACUUUGGUGCUUUCUGCAGAGGAAGUACUUUUUUGAACUUCUCCACAAGCAGGACCAUGAAGGGACAGACCAUGUGGAGGUAGGCUCCAGAUUCACGGUUAUUGAAUCCAAGCACAUCUCUCUCUAUGUUGAUGAGUCUGCUAUGGUAGUGGGUGAUGUUGAACACAUACCUCAGACGGCUGCAAGCCACUCCAACACGAAUCAGAGCAGCUCUACAGUCGACAUGCUGAGGGAAGACCCACGAGACGUUCUCUUCCAUGUGCCUCUGAUAAACAGCAAGUUCCUACAAGAUGUUUUGCCCGACUGCGAGUACAAACCCAGCUACACAUACAAAGGUUCUCAUCUGGGCCGCUAUCAAGGACUAAAUUAUGUCAAAUCGUCCUUCAUCUACCCUAAUGACCAUACCCGACUCACACAAAUGGAGUCCGUGAAAAGCUGCUUCUACCAAGCCAACAUCUUGGAAAACUCCUACAUGAAUCUAGACAGUCCUGACCUGCACACAGACAGAAAUCAGAACCUGAUGGGGGAGAAAUCGGGAGACUACUAUGAAACAGAUGAUGAGACUUUUGCUGAGAAAUUCCGGCAGGUACUCCUGUCCUUACCCGUGCAUGAAGACGACACAAAGCCUCAUCCUCAGAAGACCCAAAUUGUGAGUGAGGAGCAGAGGAUUGUAAAAAGAUCACUAAAGCUCCUGCAGGUAAAGAAUGAUGUCAACCAGCACUGGAGGCAGACCUUCCAGAUCAACAACGUGGACUAUCGGGCACAUAAUUCAGAUGCAAUGGAAAUGAGUUGCAAUAUUGCUGGCAGUCUGCUUAUCAACUCCAAUGAUGUUCUGCCAGUGGUCAAGGAUUUCAUGGACAAACUCAACAAAGAACAUGAAGGGCAGUUCACGUUGGUGAAGCGUGUGGACCAUGCCAAAGGAAUCCGCUACCUCCUGGAGCUGCUGCUGAAGGACAUGAAGGGCCAAAUGCUGCGUCUGUCACAAUACGUCUACGCUACGACUAGCCAACCUGAGCCGGUGCUGUGUAACCCAGUGGCCUUCAGCUGGAAUCCUCUUGCCACCGUCCACAUCAUAGUUCCAGUGAAAAACCAGGCUCGGUGGGUGCACAAGCUGAUUACUGAAAUGGAGAAAGUGUUCAGAGAAUCUGGAGACACCAACUUCAACCUCAUUGUCACUGACUACGACAGCUCUGACAUGGACGUGGAGAAGGCUCUAAAGAAGUCGUCACUCCACAGGUACCAGUAUCUGAAGCUGAGAGGAAACUUCCAGCGCUCUGCUGGUCUGCAAGCAGGAAUCGACCUUAUAAAAGAUCCACACAGCAUAGUGUUUCUUUGUGACCUCCACCUCCAAUUCCCUACCUCCAUAAUCAACAGCAUCAGGAAACACUCUGUGGAGGGACACAUGGCCUUUGCUCCCAUAGUCUUGAGACUGGACUGUGGGUCAUCACCACUGGAGGCCAGAGGUUUCUGGGAGGUGCAAGGCUUCGGCCUACUUGGAAUCUAUAAGUCUGAUCUGGAUGCAGUGGGAGGAAUGAACACCAGAGAAUUUACAGACCGCUGGGGAGGGGAAGACUGGGAGCUACUCGAUAGGAUCAUUAAGUCAAAACUGGAAGUGGAUAGGAUCUACUUGAGGAACUUCUUCCACUACUUUCACUCCAAACGUGGCAUGUGGAGCGAGCAGCUUUAG